AUGGCUGAUCAGGGACUGGAAAGAAAAGUUAAGGAAAUGGAGAAGAGGAAUCAGGAGCUAACGAAGGAGAAUCAUGAGACGAAGGAGAGGUUAGAGAAGCUGAUUGGAGAAAUCGAAGAGAUGAAAGGUGUAGAAGCGGAGAUGAAUCAGAGAUUCGAGGAAAUGGAGAAAGAGAUCGAGGAGUACGAGGAAGAGAAGAAGGCUCUGGAAUCUAUUUCGACGAGAGCCGUGGAGCUUGAAACGGAGGUGUCGAAUCUUCAGGACGAUCUGAACAAUUCCUUGACGGGAUUGGAUAAGACGGCGGAGGAAGUGACGGAGCUGAAGAAAGCGGUUGCGGAGAAAGGGGAGAAGCUGGAAGGGUGUGAGAAGGAAGCUGAGGGAUUAAGGAAAGAGAGAGCUGAGACUGAGAAGAGGGUUAGGGAUUUGGAAAGGAAGAUUGGGGUUUUGGAAGUGAGGGAGUCGGAGGAGAAGAGCAAGAAGCUUAGACUAGAAGAGGAGUUGAGGGAGAAAGCUGAUGAGAAAGAGAGGGAGGUAAAGGAAUUGCAGAAGAAAGUUGGUGUUUUGAAUCUGGAAUUGGUGAAGAACGGUGAGGAAUUGGAGAAGUGUAAGUCUGAGAAGAAGUGCACAGAGGAAGCUCUGAGUGAAGCUGGGAAAAGAGAGAAGCAGAUGGAGUUGAAGAAGAAGGAGGUGCUGAAGAAGGUUGAGGAAGUGAAGGAGACGAUGGUUGCGUUGAAUGAGAGAUCUAUGAGCCCUAGUGAUGCAGUCAGAUUCACAAACACAAAGGUUUCCAAGGAGGUAAAACUGUGGCCAGUGGCUGCUGCUGGUUUGGUUGCAGCGACUGCGUUCGUCUGCUAUGCCAAGCUAAAGUGA